GAUUAGCUUGCGAGAACUGUCUAGAGCAUCCAGGGAGACAGAGCGAGAGGCAGCGGAUCUGCUGAGCAGCACUGGCGAGUCUGAUGCUGUGUGUGGAUUUAACGGCUGCGGAAGAGAGCAACGUGGUGCCAACAGGAUUGGUAUUGUGUUCCAUGGACUGUGCGCUCUGAACACAACUCGCUGGGAACGCUGGGCCCAGGUCCUGGAGCUCUCGGUGGGGGAGGGGCAUCAACACGGAGAAAGAAAAAGAUGUUUUUCCAGACCAUCGCUCUUUUGUAGUUUGACUUUUGGCCAAAGGCCCUCUCGCUGUUGCAUUUCUGUGUCUUUCUGUUUGUUUCUUUUUCCAUCAGUCUCCUUUCAGCUGUCUCCUCCUGCUGUUACCUGUCUGACUGUUGUUGUUUUCCUUCCUUAUCCUGUCCUCCCUCAGUCUCUGUCACCUGCUUCUCCUCUCCAUUAGUUGUUUGUUCUCCUCCAUCUUUGUCUCAGUCCUCCUUCCCACCGCAUCCUCUCUGUGUCCUUCAGCCAGUCACAUCUCUCCAUCUUUGUCCAUUCCACCCCCGCUUGCUCGAUUGGGGUCAGCUCUAUUCAGCUGCUGGGAUGAGAUGUAGUCACUUCGGCCUGUGGAAUUGGAUGGCUCCUGGUGGGCCGUUCACAGGGGACACUUGUGUGCAGAUUGUCGUGGAGCCUGGUUCUGGUACCGCUUGCUGCAUGUAGAGAGACAGUUUUUGCGAGCGCUCGCCGCCGGACUUCCGCCCCAUUUGCUCCCUCCUCUUGGGGGGAAGCCGUCACUCUGGAGCACUCCGGCCGGCUAGGCUGUGGCCUUUCUGCCCACACCCUGACCACGCACUCAUGUUGCUGGAGCACCCGCCGUGCUUCUGUCCCUGUGCAUUUCUGCACCUCUUGCCUUUGCCAACGGCCCGCGCCAUCUGUCACCCUCAGCAUGGGCGUGGCAGAGGCCAUUGACCCGCCACCCUCUUCCUGCCCCUCACCUGUGCCCGGAGGCUACCGGCUGGCCCACUCCUCCAGCUACAGUGCCCUGCAGGGGAGAAGAAGGUCAGAGCUGGAGCUUGGGGCAGACGCAGAUGGAGCGCUGGAUGGGGGUGGUCAGGCCGCCGAGCGUAGGACACCCUUCAUGGAUCUGUUCUGUGACACCUGCUCCAAACCCUGGCUCAUUGGCUGGUGGGACCAGUUCAAGAGGAUGUUAAACAGGGAACUGUCUCAUCUGUCUGAGAUGAGUCGCUCGGGGAAUCAGGUGUCUGAAUACAUCUCUACUACCUUCCUAGAUAAGCAGAAUGAGGUGGAAAUUCCAUCUCCAACCCUCCGGGAGCGAGAGAAACCGAUGUCUCACAUCAGUGGUGUCAAGAAGCUUACACAUAGCUCAAGCCUCACUAGUGCAGCCCUACCCCGCUUUGGGGUCAAAACUGAACAAGAGGACGCACUGGCAAGGGAGUUAAAUGACUUAGACAAGUGGGGCCUUAAUAUAUUCCAUGUGGCUAACUACUCCAAUAACAGACCUCUAAGCUGCAUCAUGUUUGCCAUCUUUCAGGAAAGGGAUCUGUUGAAAACAUUUCGGAUUCCAGUGGACACAUUUAUCACCUAUGUGAUGACACUGGAAGACCACUACCAUGCCAAUGUGGCCUAUCACAACAGCCUGCAUGCCGCUGAUGUCACACAGUCAACACAUGUGCUGCUGUCCACACCAGCACUGGACGCGGUUUUCACUGAUCUUGAAAUCCUGGCUGCAUUGUUCGCUGCUGCCAUUCAUGACGUAGACCACCCUGGAGUUUCCAACCAGUUUCUCAUCAACACCAACUCUGAACUGGCAUUAAUGUACAAUGAUGAGUCUGUGUUGGAGAACCACCACCUAGCUGUAGGCUUCAAGCUUCUGCAUGAGGAGAACUGUGACAUUUUUCAAAACCUUACCAAACGACAACGGCAGAGUCUGCGCAAACUGGUCAUCGACAUGGUUCUGGCGACAGACAUGUCAAAGCAUAUGAGCUUGCUGGCAGAUCUAAAGACAAUGGUGGAAACCAAGAAAGUGACCAGCUCAGGAGUGUUGAUGUUGGACCAUUAUAAUGACCGAAUACAGGUCCUAAGGAACAUGGUGCAUUGUGCUGACCUUAGUAACCCAACCAAGCCCCUGGCAGUGUACAGGCAGUGGACUGAGCGCAUAAUGGAGGAGUUCUUCCGGCAGGGUGAUAAAGAACGAGAGCGUGGGAUGGAAAUCAGUCCCAUGUGUGACAAACACACGGCAUCUGUGGAAAAGAGUCAGGUGGGCUUUAUCGAUUAUAUUGUGCAUCCCCUGUGGGAAACCUGGGGGGACCUGGUCCACCCUGAUGCUCAGGAAAUUUUGGACACCCUCGAGGACAACCGGGACUGGUACCAAAGCACCAUACCCCAGAGCCCUUCGCCGCCGCCUGACGGCCCAGAUAACGAGCUUGAAUCCUGCACAAACAAAUUCCAGUUUGAGCUCACCCUGGAGGGAGAGACGGGACAGGACGACGGCUCUCCCAGUCACAACCAUAUUGGCAGCAAUGGUCAAGAGGAGCUGGAGGAAAAGAAAGAGGAGGAAAUUGAGGAGGAAGAAAAAAUGGAGGACGAGGAGGAGGUUACAGAGGUAUUGGUUGAGAGGUCAGGACGGAGACGACUGCAGGUUCAGUCAGUGGUCGAGGAGGAGGACGAGAGACAGUCGGAUGAUAGUCCUGUGGAGGAGGCAGACGAGGAGGAGAAGUCGUCCUCUCCUACUGAUGAUACAUAAUCCUCAAGACUCAAUAAACAGCUGUCAGUCCCAGAGGGCUAAGUAGGGGACAUACUUCAAAAACUCUGUCCCUGCUCUCUACUAUUCACAGAGGAUUCUUCUGUUUCUGAUAGCUAACCAAUUCAAUAAGACAUUUGAUUUGAUUUUUCAAAAAAGGGAACAAAAUAAUAUUGAUAUCAGAGAAGUAUUUAACACAGCAACUGUAGAUUUCGAGUGUGUGCUGGAGUUAUCCAAGCAGAGCGGAGGAGCUUUUAUGGAGAAAUUGAAUUAUGGUGGGGUUUGUAAUGGGCCAUUAAGUCAGAGUAGCACUCUGGAUUUUCCACACAUACACACACACACACACACACAUCAAUCAAUGUGUAUACGCAAAUUAACAGUCACACAUGAGUUUUAACCUAAAAUACUGAAUCCACACACUACAUGCAAACACACGGCUGUGUGUCUGUGUAUGUGUUCAGGGGGCUUGGAUCUGAAAGGAAUCUCUUUGGAAAAAGCCAUCUCAAAAAAUGGAGUAUCAGUGUCAAUAAUCUGUUUUUAAAGCAUUCAAACAGGGACUAAAAUCCUCAGUAAUCGUGAUUAGUGAAAUCUGAGAGACUUUUUUUCAAUUUCUGUCAUAAAGAGAACACAAUUACACUUGCGGAGAGAAAUAUAAGAUUGGCCUAUUGUCCAGAAGACUAUGGGGGGGAUAAGGAUGUCGGAGCAAAAGAGGAAGCACUGAUGGCAUGAUUUAUUUGUGGGUCCCAACCCCACUUUCCCUUUACCCAGGAGUGCUACCAGGGCGAGAUGGCCGUGUGCCUUUCUGUACCACCAGCUUCAACUCUGGAGCUGUUGUGAAGCAAUGCAUCGUGGGACAGGAGUGUCUGCUUUUGUCUUCAUUUUUGAUUGUCUCUUUUUAAGCAAUCUUAUCAUGAUCUGUUAUGCUUUGUGUGGACAUGGAGUGUCUUUCACAAUGUCUUUGUGAUAAUUCCUUCUCUCAUCUGUCAGACUUCCUCGGUUGCUUUCAUGCUGGCUGAGCAAUUAGGGCCUAGUUUUGGAUUUAUCACAUCAUUGCUCACGGACUGCCCUCACUUUCCAUGUGAAUAAUUAAUGAUAGUCACUUUUUGAGGAUAAGCCAUGGGAUUCUUGUUUCAUAUGUUUUGUCUUCUUUCGUUUUUCUUUUGCUAUAUCCAUUCCUGCCAAAUUUGUAAAAGUGACAGAGUCUACUCAAUAGCAGCACACAUUCACACAGACUCUCCCACCUUCACCCACUCACACUGGUAAUACAUUCCCUGUCAUCACCACAGAAACACUGCAUUAUAUUUUGCCAAAGGAAUGAGUGCUUAACUGGUAAGUUGGUGAAGCCUCGAUCGUGGGGGCUACAGGUGCAGGGUAAGACAAAGCAUAUCUAAAGGGCUGUUCAGACUGAAUGUGUUCUAGCACUAAAAAAGCAUGACGCAGCGCAAACAGGUGUCUCAAGGUGCGUUUUUAAAACUUUAAAGCUGAAGUAUGUAACUUUUUCAGUGUUAAAAUACUUCUAUCCCAGCUUAAUAUGCAGAGAAAACUAUAAGUAAGCCAUUCAUACUGUAGGUUAAUUUUCUCGAAAACUGUAAACACUGUCUCUCUGUGGCGCUAUAAAAUGCCUGUGUUUGUUUUGCGAGACCUGCUUAGACCCGUCCCAACAACGUUACUCAGCAUCAGUUGGAGGUGGGACUAUCUAACGUUUGAACAACAGCAUACGGAGGGCGUAUUCAGAAAGCUUUUGCAAUUCUGUUUGUUGGUGCUAGUGUCGCAGAAAUUACAUACUUCAGCUUUAAGUUAUUUUUAAGCUUUAAGUUAAGCUCAAUGGACAGCAUUUUGGCAUAAUGCUGAAUACCACAAAGACUGUAUUUCAACUUCCAACACUAUGCCAAUGAAUGGGAGUUUAAAAGCAAAAAUGUGAAGCUUAGAAAUGCAUUUACUUUAAUUAUUUUGUCAAAACUAUUGUUUUAUUUGAGAUGUAAAGUUGUUUAUAUCAAAAUUUUUACAUCUUAGGGUUUUAGGGUUUAUGACCUUACGUCGUCAUGGCAACAAAGUUUUAAGUUAUUUUUAAGCUUUAAAUUAAGCUCAAUUGAUAGCAUUGUGGCAUAAUGCCAAAUGGCUAUAACUUUACACAGAAAAGGUUAGUAAGUGAUUUUAACACACUAAAAUCAUGUUAACAAGCAUAUUAUUUACGUCUUGUUGCUAUACUUUUGAAACAGUGAGUAUUUUAAUGUUUACAGGUUGGCCCCCAUUCACUUCCAUUGUACCUGUAAGUGCCUCACUUUAAGGAAUAUUCCAGGUUCAAUACAAGUUAAGCUCAAUCAGCAGCAUUUGUGGCAUAUUGUUGAUUACCACAAAAAAUUAUUUCAACCCUAAUUUAUUAAAAAAGCACAAAUCGAGGCUGUGGUGAGGCACUUACAAUGGAAGUGAAUGGGACCAAUUGUUUGAGGGUUUAAAGGCAGAAAUGUGAAGCUUUCAAUUUUAUAAAAGCACUUACAUUAAUUCUUCUGUUAAAACUGAGCUGUAAAGUUGUUUAAAUCACCAUUUUUACAGUCGUUUCAGGGUUUGUUGACAUUACAUUGUCAAGUUGGAUAUAAUGUAACUUUACACAGAAAAGGUUAGUCAUUGAUUUUAUCACAGUAAAAUCAUGUUAACACACAGUGUUUACGUCUGUGGCUAUACUUAAAACAGUGAGUAUUUUAACCUCACUGUCACACAGAUUUGUGCUGUUUUUUUUUUUUUUUUUAAGAAAAGGAGGGACGAGUCCAAAUAAUUUUUUUGUGGUAAUCAGCAUUAUGCCACAAAUGCUGUUGAUUGAGCUUAACUUGUAUUAAACCCGGAAUAUUACUUUAACUUGACAUGUCAUCAAAAUAGCACAGCGCUCCUUCACGAGAUGAGGAAAAAAGUGAGAUGUGGCACAACGAUAAAAAACGUCCAUCUUGUGCGUGUUUACAUAAAAAAAACAAAUAAAAAAAACAAUUGUAAAACAACACAGACGGAUGCAAAAACUGUUUGGUGUGAACGGCCCCUAAGAGAGGAAGAGAUUGAUGUUGAGAGACUGGAAGGACAGAUAAAGGAACAGAAGUGCAGGGUGUAACAUGCAGCCAUAUUGAGUUUGAUGCUUUUUAGCCUUAAUGUCAACUACAGGGUUUCUACCUGUCACAUUGUGGUGUAAUAAGAUGUUGGCAUUAUAUUCCAGAGUAUUUGUUUCAUGUCUAUAUGCCUUGAUAAUGUCUGUGAAUACACCGUAUAGUACCAUCUGCACUGACAUAGCUGGAGGUGUAGUGUAGUAUUUUCUGCAUGGCAAGAUUUACUACAACAGUCUAAAGAGCGAGAAAACAGGUCAUACCGUUAAAUUUAACUGUUGCUCUUAUGUAUUUAUAACCCGGCACCUUUGUCUAGUUGUUUAUGUCAAACUUUUAAUGAGAGAGGGAGAAAGUAUGAAAAUGAGAGAAUGAGUUCUCAGGUUGAUGUUAGAAUUGCAAUAUUGCUUCUCUCUCAUCUCUCAGAAUUUCAGUUUGAUUUUAGUUCAGUUGAAUGAACCAAUUGUUGCUAUAUUGUGCAGAGCAUUUGUAAGAAUCCCUCUUGAAGAAUAAUGACAAGCUAGUUUCUGCUGGUCAGUAGCUUAGCUUUACACAAGUCUGUGCCUGCAGAGCAGAAACAUGAGGUCAUACCGGUACAUAUGUGAUGACUGUACUUGUCUUUGACAGGAUUAGAGGAUGUUAUGGUAUAACGUCUAAAUUUUAAUUAGUGGACAACAGAAGGAAAGCCCAAGGUUGCACGAUCGAUUUGUGUGAAUUGACGACAUUCCCAUCUACAUCUGCCUGUCUUACCUUAACAAUGCUUUGUUGUGUGGCUUUUCGUUAAUGUUGUGAGUGCUCAGCUAAAAAAUAAUAUUUGCCAUUUUAACACGACACUGUAGCAAUUGUUUCUUAUUAAGAAAUUAUUCAAGUUAUUUCCUUGCUGCCAUUCUUUUUGGAUAUCAAAAGGAAAAACAAUUGUUUUCUUUGAACAGUUUGUGUACAGUUUUUAUUUUUGUAUCAUUCUGGUUUGAUGGUUUGAAAAUGUAAAAAAAUUACUAUCUAAUAUAAAUAGUAGGCUAAUCACUGCUUGUUUUGUAUAUACUGUAAUGUUGAAUUGUACAUUUGAAAUCUCUCAAAAUCAGUCAUCAAUCAAUGAAUCACUUUUAGUUGUAAUGAACUAUAGUUGAAUUGUGGAAUUUCACUUUCCCCUUCAUUUCUCCUUCAUCUCCCUGUCAUUGUUUUGGGGGAUUUCAGUAAACCUCCCACCACCUUUAAAUGUGUAUGUUUGAAUUGUACUGGAAAAUAGACUACUCAUUGGUUAUUAAAACUUGUAUUUACCAGCACUUUAUUUUUCUGUAGGUUGUGAGAUGAUAUCAGGGGGAAUGGUACAUACUGAUUCAUGUAUAGCGUGGCACAGGGUACAUGGCUCGGGCCAAACUUCUUUAUUUUGGUCCUAAACGCCAUUUUCUGCUUAAGCUCUGAGCAACAUCAGCUCCUCUGUGCCAGUAAUCCACAUGCUAAUGGCUUUUGAUAGGUUUUUUAAAUACUUCUGUCAGGUUAAUAACCAAGUGACAGUCAGAAGGAAAACAUGGCUUAAUCAGAGAACAGUUUUUCUUUGUACUGUGAAGUCAUGCCUCAUGAGACUCUCCAAUAAAAUUAUUCUCUGGGCUUUAAAUAAUAUGUUACUUGUUCAAAAGUUAUGGUAAUAAUAUAAAUGAAAAAGUAAACAGGAAAAUGAUUGUAAUAUUUGUACAUUAUAUUGCUGUAAUGUGUAUAAUGUGUCCAAGUUAUUUUAUAUUAUAUUAUUUUUAUGAAAUGUUAUCCUCUGAGAGAACUGAGUUGUCAUUUUGUGAAUAAAAUGCAUUUAAUAAGCAAACAGCUAUACAUAAAAAACAAAUAUAUAUAUACCAGUAUAUUUUUUUUCUUUCACUGUUCAGUACUGUAAAGUGUGUUGAAAAUACAAAUAAAGGAUGAUUUUUCUAAUAA